UUUAAAUUAUAAGUAUUUUGCCUGGGCCCUAGCAUCUACUGUAUUGUGUACUGCUCUAUAUAUUGCCUCUUGCAUCAUUAUAUUAUCAUUCAAUGAUAUAGAUCGAUGGACAUCUCUCUAUGGUUGGUAUGAAGGAUCCUACUACCCGUUACAGAUUAUACCACUGGUAAUCAAUGCUCUGUUUUUCAUUGGUUCCUCCCAUUUAGCAGCAUUCCAUAUCUAUCUUACCAUAUCUGGUAUAACAACAUAUGA